AUGCGAGAGCAAGAUAGAACCCUCUUGGACACUUCUAGCAAUGGUUCUUUGUCCAAAUAUAAAACCGCGGAAGAGGCAUGGCAACUUAUUAUUGACUUAGCCGAAUCCAAUCAACAUAUGAGGCGAAGAGUCAAUCGUCCAAGGACCGUGAAUGAGGUAUCAACUAGUAAUGAAACCACCGCUCUAACUCAAUCCUUGAAUGAGAUGACAUCCAUCUUGAGGCAACUCCAAUUGAACCAACAACAAUCACAACCUCAAUCAUACCAACAACAACACCCUCCACCACCUCAACAACACAACCAACAAUUGGUCCCUCAAAGAGUAUGUGGCAUUUGCUCUUGCUACUCUCACUACACGGAUGAGUGCCCAAGCCUUCAAGAAGAUAAUACAUUGGCGGCUACCCAUAAUUUCUAUGAUCGCCCCAAUCAAGGAUACUACCAAGGCGAGAAGGAAGCAAAGGACUCAAGUCCUAUCACAAUCGCCCAAGAAGAGGAGAGAAUAGAUAUAGAAGAGGUAGUGGAAGAGGAGACACCACAAGUCAUAGUUGAAGAUGAAGCCCAACCAACAAGGGAGACAACCAAGGCCAAAAAAACCUUGGAAGAAGAAGUUGCUCAACCACUUCCAUUUCCAACACUUGCGAAGAAAGCUAAAAAGCGCAUAGAACUCGACCCCAAAAUGGUAGAAAUAUUCAAGAAAGUUGAGGUAACCGUCCCUCUCUUUGAUGCUAUCCAUCAAGUUCCUAGAUAUGCCAAAUUCCUCAAGGACUUGUGCAUACAUAAGGAUAGAAUUCUUGAAUUGGAAACUAUUCCAUUGGGGAGUUCGAUUUCCGCUUUAAUGGGAACAUUGCCCGAGAAGUGUGAUGAUCCGGGCCCAUGUAUGGUCACUUGCACAGUCAAUGGAGUUCAAUUUAGAGAUUGUAUGUGUGACCUCGGAGCAUGUGUUAGCAUCAUGCCACUCUCCGUCUACCGGGUAUUGAAGUUGCCACCACUAAAAAGGUCGACGGCAAGAUUUGUCCUAGCGGAUAAAAGCAUAAUAACCGUAGCGGGUGUUGCGGAAGAUGUAUUGGUGAAUAUAAAAGGGUUGGUAUUCCCGAUUGACUUCUAUGUCCUUGAAAUGCCAUCAAGCGAAACCGAGAGAGCAUCGUCUAUCCUACUUGGAAGGCCAUUCUUGAGAACUUCUAGAUUUAAACUUAAUGCUUAA